AUGGGUUUGUUGGCGCGUGUUCUGUCGUGUUGUGCUGUGGUUGUGUGUUUGACGAGCUUAACAUGUGGUGAUUGUACGACUGUCGAUGGCUCGGUUUUGAUCGAUGGGGAAAAUUAUAUUGCGGAGACCGAUGAGAAUUUCGUGUGCGCGAAUUUGGACUUGUGGCCAGGUGAUGACAAGUGUGAUUACGGGACUUGUAGUUGGGGCAUGGCUUCUCUUUUGAAUGUGGAUCUGAACAAUGUAAUUCUCUUCAAUGCCAUUAAAGCAUUUUCACCUCUGAGAAUGAGACUUGGAGGCACCCUGCAAGAUAGAUUGAUCUACCAAACACGAAACAUACCGUGCGUUCCUUUCAUCGGAAACACGUCCCAAUUGUUCAACUUCACCGAGGGAUGCAUGCCUUUGUCUAGAUGGGACGAGCUAAAUACCUUCAUCAGUCGAGCCGGGGCUAUCCCUAUUUUCGGACUCAAUGCUCUUAACGGUAAAAUUAUAUGGAGAGGUAAAAAUGCGAUGGGUCCUUGGGACUCGACCAAUGCCGAAUCACUUAUCCGUUACACGGCCGAAAAAGGUUACAGCGUUCACGGUUGGGAGCUCGGGAACGAAUUAGGAGGAUGGCCGAUAUUAGGCGUGGCAAUCGACGUCAAUCCAUACGCGUCCGACACAGAUACUCUUCGUGAUUUAAUAAAAGAGAUUUACAGAGGGUCCCGUGAUAAGCCGCUGGUAAUUGCUCCCGGAGCAAUAUUCGAACCUAACUGGUUCGAUAGCUACAUACCGAAAACUAACGGAACACUGGACGUGAUCACCCACCACACGUACCCUCUCGGCCCAGGGUCCGAGUCCGACACGAAACUCAUGGACAAAAUUCUGAAUGCAACCGCUCUAGACAAGGGAGCUGAGGUGUUUAGGAGACUCUAUGAGAUUCUCAAGAAAUCUGAAACCUCGACGGUUGCAUGGAUUGGCGAGUCGGGAGGUGUGUAUAAUAGUGGUCGUGAUGGGAUUACAAACACGUUCCUCUUUAGUUUCUGGUAUUUGGACCACAUGGGGCUUGCAUCGGUUUACGACACCAAGGUAUACUGUAGACAGACGUUGAUCGGAGGUAACUAUGGGUUGCUUAACACCACCAGUUUUGUCCCGAACCCAGAUUACUACAGCGCACUUCUUUGGCACCGUUUGAUGGGGAAACGAGUUCUAUCGACAAGAUUUAGAGGGACAAAAAGCAUCCGUGCGUACGCCCAUUGUGCAAAGCCAUCAAAAGGAAUUACGAUUCUACUGAUAAACCUAGACGGCAAGACCAAAGUUCGGGCAAAGCUCGAUUUCAACAGUAAGCACGGGUCGAAAGGUCCAAACAACGGCAAACUAUACCGAGAAGAAUAUCACUUGAGCCCGUUUGACGGAAACCUACAAAGCCAAACUGUUUUGCUCAACGGCGAAGCUUUAACUGUCGGCCCCUCCGGUGCUAUACCAACCUUGAAGCCCGUUCGAGUAGCGUCCUCAGGGCCCGUAACCAUUUAUCCGCACACAAUCGUAUUCGUCCACGUGCCUAAUUCCAAAGUACCGGCAUGUAAAUAG